AACGACAUCGUAGUGCCGUUAUCUUUGCAUACCCGCACACAUGGAGAAGGUAGAAAGUAGGGGAGUUGUAGCAUUCGCUGCUUUUGUUAGCACCCUGCUGCUGCUGCUGCUGACCUUCGGCGGCGCGGCACCAGCUGCAGCAUCCACCGGGCCGGGGAGUAGCUGCACCAGGAGCUGCGGCAACAUCAGCAUUCCGUACCCGUUCGGCGUGGAGCCCGGCUGCUACCACGCCGCCGGCUUCAACCUCACCUGCGAGCAGGACGACCCGCCGAAGUUGUUCCUCGGCGACGGCACCGUGCAAGUGCUCGACAUCUCCAUUCAACACAGCACGGUGCGCAUCAACAGCAGCCGCGUGGAGUUAACGUAUCUUGAUCGUGGCCGCACCACGAACAGGACAUGGGGGGGCAGCCUCCCAGAGAGCGGCCCGUACUUCCUGUCGGAGUCAAUAAACAUGCUCCAGGUGAUAGGGUGCAACAUGCAGGUCAACAUCCUGGGGGGAAAGGAUAACAUCUUGGUCAGUUCUUGCACUCCUAUUUGCCCGGUUCUGGAGUUCAACAAAGGUAAUCCGUUCAGUAUUAUGGGAAAUGGUAGCUGCACGGGCAACAGCUGCUGUCAGGCAAACAUCGUUCUAGGCUACACUUUCUACAACAUCCAGAUUAACAGGCUUGACGGCGCACCACCCUUUUCUCUUGUUGUAUACAUAGUUGAUCAUAGUUUUGAUUACACCAACGACAUGAUUGUAGGUGUAGGGCACGGUCCUAAAGCGCUCCCGGCCACGCUAGACUGGGUAAUUAAUGAUUCAUCUUGUCCAAAAGAUACGCCCGCCCCCGAAUGUCGCAGUACCCACAGCUAUUGCCAAAACUCCGGUAGCAAUGUCCAUGGUGGGUAUUCGUGUCAAUGCUCUAAUGGUUAUCAAGGAAAUCCUUAUGUUCCCGGUGGAUGCCAAGAUAUCGACGAAUGCAAGUCUCCAGACAUCUAUGUCUGCUAUGGUUAUUGCGAGAACACACCAGGAAGUUUCAUUUGCCAGUGCAAUACUGGAUAUACAGGCAAUGCUUCCAUCCCAAAUGGAUGCAAAGACAUAGACGAGUGUGAGGACCCGGAAGCACACUUCUGCUACGGAACCUGCCAAAAUUUUCCUGGAAGUUUUCAUUGUCAAUGUUCUAAUGGUACCGACGGAAAUCCUUUCACACCAGGGGGAUGCAUUACAAUCAAGAAUUCCUACACAGGUUUAAUCAUCGGGUUAGGAGUCGGGGGUGGUACAAGUCUUUUGCUUCUAGCACUUGGUGGCCCCUUCAUAAUGCGUAAAAUAAAACUACGAAAGGUGAAGAAGAUGAAACAGAAAUUUUUCAGCCAAAAUCAUGGAUUACUAUUGCAGCAGUUGAUAUCACGCAAGGCAGACAUUGGCGAAAGGAUGAUAAUUACCUUAAGCGAGAUAGAGAAGGCUACAAACAAUUUUGAUAGAACUCGCGUGAUUGGUGGUGGAGGGCAUGGCGUUGUGUUUAAAGGAAUUCUAGACCUACAUGUUGUGGCAAUAAAAAAAUCAAAGAUCAUAGUGCAAAGAGAAAUUGACGAAUUCAUAAAUGAAGUUGUGGUUCUUUCUCAAGUGAACCAUAGAAAUGUGGUGAAGCUCUUAGGAUGUUGCCUUGAGACAGAAGUUCCAUUGCUAGUUUAUGAGUUCAUUUCAAAUGGAACCCUUUAUGAUCAUCUUCAUGUUGAAGGACCAUUAUCACUACCAUGGGAUGGCCGGAUGAGGAUCGCGAUGGAAGUUGCUAGAGCGCUGUCCUAUCUACACUCAGCUGCUUCAAUGCCAAUAUUUCAUAGAGAUAUUAAAUCGUCCAACAUACUUCUUGAUGAUACUUUAACUGCAAAGGUAUCAGAUUUCGGAGCUUCUAGAUAUAUCCCGAUUGAUCAAACAGGAGUGACUACAGCGGUUCAAGGAACAUUUGGAUACUUGGACCCGAUGUACUAUUACGGAGGCCGAUUAACAGACAAGAGCGAUGUCUUCAGUUUUGGUGUUCUUCUUGUAGAAUUGCUUACUAGGAAGAAACCAUUUUUCUACCGGUCCGAGGAUGGUGAAAGCCUUAUUUCACAUUUCGCCUCACUGCUUACAGAAGGCAAACUGAUUGACAUAAUAGAUCCUCAAGUCGUUGAGGAGGAAGAUGGAGAAGUCCAAGAAGUAGCCACACUAGCGGCAAUGUGUACUAAAUUGAGGGGAGAAGACCGGCCUACUAUGAGGGGAGCUGAGAUGACACUUGAAAACUUGCUAAUUAAGAAGAGACAUGUUCCAUGUAAUACAACACCAAGGAGAAACGGUGAUGGUGAAAUUGUGGCUCAUUACAUGUCAAUUGAACGGGCUACUAAAGAAGCAAGCAGGCAAUACACUAUGGAAGAGGAAAUAUUGUUAUCAGCAAGCUAUCCCCGGUGAACUUUUUGCAGUCCUGAACAACGAUGCUUCAUGAGUAAAUAAUAUAGAGCCGGUAGUGGUUGUGCUUAUAAUUUGUUGUUUGAACGUGAAAUGUUCUCCCUAUUUGUAGUCCAGAUUGUUGUAAUGUCUAAAGGUGGCAACGGUCGGGGCCGAGUGGAGUAAGAAUGCACCUGAUCUGAAACCCGAUUCU